CACAGAUUUGAUUUGACACCUACAUUGUUGAUGAUUGUUGUUGAAUUUUUUUGGGUUAUAAAUUACGAAACAAACAAAAAUGCGAGUUUAUAGCUUUUUAUGCAAGAAAGUUGGUGAUCUCACCAUCAAAUAUUCCAACUUUCCGGAGUCCUAUGUCAAAAGGAGUUAUGAGCAGGUUUACUGGAAAAACCCAGAAGGGUACCCUCAGUACCCUAAGGCAGAAAUAGCAAGAAGAAAGUAUCGUUUCACGACGAACAGGCCGUGGACCUUUCAAUUCAGGAUGCAGAACGACCGCAACAUCAGAAGGAAGAAAGUAUUCUUGGAACCCGUUGGAGAAUGGAGUUUUUUCAAAGGUGACCGCGUAGAGCUGAUGGUCGGGCCGGACAAGGGUAAGCAGGGCAUCGUGUCGCAGGUUAUCCAGGAGAGGAACUGGGUCAUUGUGGAGGGACUCAACACGCAUCUCAGAGUUGUAGGCAAAGACAAGAAGUUUCCCGGCGUGACCAUCAAGUCGGAGGCCCCGCUGCUGGUCACCACCGACGUGAAGCUGGUUGACCCGGAGACCCUCAAGCCGACCGAGGUGGAGUGGAGGUACACCGAGGAUGGGGACAAGGUCCGCGUCUCGCUAGCCAGUAGCCGCAUCAUCCCAGUGCCCAAGGCGGCGGAGGAGACCAUCGAUUACAAGUCCAAGUCGGCGUACGUGGAGAACAAGGAGAAGGACACCCUGGAUGAUACUAUUUCUAAGAUAACCUUCAAGCCGAAGCUGCAAACAUUCGAAAUGGACGUGAUGGAAGCGAUGGGCAUCAAAGACGAAAGAGUGCCGGCGAAGAGCUACUGGUACUAGAAGAAUAUACCAAGAGUUAAUAUUACUAUUAUUAUUCUUAAUUUACGUACAGUCAGCUAAACAGAUAUCUGACCCACUCCACGCAAUUUUAUUUAGUCUGCGAAAGCACUAUCAUUGCCAAAUGUUAUAUCUGAUUGAUAAGCAGUCGUAAACUAAAGUUUGUUUUUUGUAUUGAAAUACCUGCAUAAUUCAGUCAGAUGGGGGUCAGAUAUCUACUUAGCAUACUGUACCAAACAAACGAGAUGUGCAAAUAAUAUAAGUUUAGGUAGAUUUUAAUUAAAAUGUAUUCUGUUUAUUAUGAUGUGUCUGGUUAAAAAUUAUUACACAAGUUGAUAGUUUUUACUA